GGGAGGGAUCGGUCUGGAACAAAACGUGUCCGACCCACCGACUGCGCUGAUAAGCGAAGGCCCGCACAUUCCUGGGAUGUUUCAAGGCUUCAGCCUCGGCGUGGGGCCCGAUCCUUCCGGUUUACAGCCAGCCUCAAUCCGGAGUGACUUGUGGAAAAUUGAUAGAAAAUUUCCCUGACAGACUCCACCCGAGUAGUCGGCGCCACGUGUGGGAGAGAUCGGAACCAGGCCCUACAUUGCAAGCUCCCUUCCAGGGAGGUUAUGUGCCUGCUGUAUGAUGGGGCCUGGCUCUUGCUGGUGGGACUGUCAAGAAAACUAUGCUGGAAUUGUGCUGUUGGAGCUGAGCUCUGGAGCGGGCCCUUUGCUGGGGUUGGGGAGGCUGCUCAGCCUACUGUGCUGACAGACCUGGGUCUGAGCCUACUCCUAGCCCUGUACCUGUGCUGGUGCUGGAGGAUUUUGUGGCUGGAAGCUUCCCCUCCUAAGGACGAGUCUUUGCUGCCUGUCAAGUCGUACUGGGCUCAGGUGGAUUGUGGAAGGUCAGGACUGAAGUGCCUUGGCAGAGCAGGGCAAGAAGGCUGAUCUGGGGUCUGAGAUGCUAGUCUGUAAUGCAGGAGAUCUCGGUUCAGUUCCCAGCUCCACUGCAGUCAUCUUGUAGGGCCUCAGGCUGUGACCUGAAGCCAUCCUGUGACCGAGCAGCCCAGUGAGAGAAUGCGGGGAGGCUCUGUGCUGGCAGUGCCAUGGCUCCUGAUCCUUACUGUCACCGGCGGCCAUGGGCAGGAUGGGAAGCCAACCUUUGCCCCCCUUUUCACCCGGAAGCCCUUCAUUGUGGCCUGGAAUGCCCCCACCCAGGACUGCAAGCCCCGCUUCCAGGUCCAGCUGGACUUCAGCCUCUUUGACCUGGAUGCCUCGCCCAAUGAGGGCUUUGUAGACCAGAACCUCACCAUCUUCUACAAGGAGCGCCUGGGCCUCUACCCCUACUACGAUAAGCAGCAGGUGGCUGUGAAUGGUGGUGUCCCCCAAAACAGCAGCCUACGGGACCACCUGGACCAGCUCCAGGAUGGAAUCUGCCAUUACAUCCGCUCAGAGGCCAAGGAAGGGCUGGCUGUCAUCGACUGGGAGGAAUGGAGGCCCAUCUGGAUCCGCAACUGGCAGAACAAAGACAUCUACCGCAAGAACUCCCGCAAGCUGGUGCUGUCGCAGCACCCUGACUGGCAGGAGGACAUGGUGAACAAGGAGGCCCAGUACGAGUUUGAGAGCUCGGCCCGGAGAUUCAUGCUUCACACCCUGCAGCAUGCCAAGAGCUACCGGCCCAAGCAGCUGUGGGGUUACUAUCUCUUCCCGGACUGCUACAACCAUGACUACAGCAAGAAUCCAGACAGCUACACGGGCCGCUGCCCUGACGUGGAGAAGACACGCAAUGACCGGCUGUCCUGGCUCUGGAAGGAGAGCACAGCCCUCUACCCCUCCAUCUACCUAGACCAGGUCCUGGCCUCCUCUGAGAACGGCCGCAAGUUUGUGCGCUCGCGGGUCAUGGAGGCCUUGCGGAUCUCUCACCAGCACCAUGAUGGUUACUCGCUGCCAGUCUUCGUCUACACCAGGCCUACCUACAGCCGUAAGCUGGACGUCCUGAGCAGGAUGGACCUGGUCUCCACCAUUGGUGAGAGCGCUGCCCUGGGGGCAGCUGGUGCCAUCUUCUGGGGUGAUGCCGACUACACCAAGAGCCAGAGCACCUGCCAGACCAUCAAGGCCUAUCUGGAGGAAGAGCUGGGUCACUACAUCAUCAACGUCACCACGGCGGCUCAGCGCUGCAGCCAGGCACUGUGCCAGGGUUGGGGGCGCUGCCUGCGCCGGGACAGCACCGCCAACGUCUUCCUCCACCUCAACCCGCUCAGCUUCCAGAUCCGGCGCCGGGGUGAGGCAGACAGGCAGCAGCCAAUGCUGCGGGUGGAGGGGGAGCUGUCUGCCGCCGACACCGCCUACCUACGGACCCACUUCCGGUGCCAGUGUUACCAGGGCUGGCAUGGGGACGCUUGCGAGUGGCAGCUGAGAACACAGAACAGUGGAGCCUGCCCGACCUGUGCCACUCUGGGACUCCUGGUGCUGGGGUUCCUGGCCCACUUGGACUAGCUUGGCCCUUACUGGGGUCCUCAUGGCAGUAGGCAGUCUCCUGGUGCUUAGCAUGGCAGGGGCAUGGGUGCAAUAGAUGGCACUUGUAGCCAGAGCCUGGUGUGCCCCCCGUGGGGCAGACAGACUUAGAACCCAGGAGCCUUUUGUAUUUCAUUUAGUACCGAUGUAGUGGAUCUAUUGGAGGUGGCCCUCUGCCAUGGCUGAGGGGGCAAGAGGCCCCUCCAGCGCUCCCCGUUGGCCAGCAGAGUGCCUGCAGCUGUGGGGUGGGGGGUGUUCUUGGG